AAUGUCUAGCAAUAAAGAAUAAAUCAAGGCUGAACUUGAUGAAAAUAGAAAAAAAUUAGCUGAAAAAUUUGGAUAAACUAAAAUGGGCAGCACUUUGGCCAGAAGAAAGCAUAAAAAUGUUCAUUAAACAUAAGUACGUAAUGGAUAUAAUGAUUAUAGAUAAAUGAUGAUAAGAAGCUUAAAUAAGUUAUUAAGAAAUUUGGAGUACAACAAUUAGGAAAUAUUGAUGAAGUCAACUUUUUCAAAGAUGAUAAUACAAUUAUUCAUUUUUCAAAACCAGAAGUCCAAGCUGCUAUUGCAAGCAAUACAUUUGCCAUUUUUGGAAAUCCAGAAACUAAAAAGUUUGCAGAGUUGAUGCCAGAGAUAUUGAAUCAUAUUGGUCCUAACUAAAUGGGUCUUCUUUAAGAAUUAAUGAAAGAAAAUUAGUCAAAGGUACAUAAUUUAAAAAAAAUUUAAGGAAAAAGUUGAAAAAAUUGCUGAGGCUGAUCAAAAAGAUGAAGAAGAUAUUCCUGUAUUAGUGCAAGGAUAAAACUUUGAAGAAGCAAGUAAGAAAGAAUGAGUU